GGUUACAAUGGCUGUUGGCAAGAACAAGCGCCUGACCAAGGGCGGCAAGAAGGGUUCCAAGAAGAAGAUCGCCGACCCCUACGCCAAGAAGGACUGGUACGACAUCAAGGCCCCCUCGAUGUUCACCACCCGCCAGGUUGGCAAGACCCUUGUCACCCGCACCACCGGUACCAAGAUCGCCGCUGAUGGUCUUAAGGGCCGUGUCUUCGAGGUUUCCCUCGCCGAUCUCCAGGGAGGCAACGAGGAGGAGGCUCACCGCAAGAUCAAGCUUUGCGCUGAUGAGGUCCAGGGCAAGAACCUGCUCACCAACUUCCACGGCCUUGACUUCACCACCGACAAGCUCCGCUCGCUCGUCAAGAAGUGGCACACCCUCAUCGAGGCCAUCGUCGACGUCAAGACCAGCGACAACUAUGUUGUCCGCGUCUUUGUCAUUGCUUUCACCAAGCGCCGCCCCAACCAGGUGAAGAAGACCUCGUACGCCCAGCACGCUCAGAUCCGCCAGAUCCGCAAGAAGAUGACCGACAUUAUCACCAAGGAGGUCAGCUCUGCCGACCUUAAGGAGUUUGUCGCCAAGCUCCUCCCCGAGUCUAUUGGCAAGGAGAUUGAGAAGGCCUGCCAGGGUGUCUACCCCCUCCAGAACGUCUUUGUCCGCAAGGUCAAGGUUCUCAGGAAGCCCAAGCUCGACAUGGGCAAGCUUCUUGAGCUCCACGGCGACUCUGGCGCUUCGUCCGAGGACACUGGUGCCAAGGUUGAGCGUGGCGAUUUCGUUGAGCCCGCUAUCCUGGCCUCCGUCUAAACGUCCCACCGUCCCAUCUUCUAAAAUGGCAGUUGUCUGAAAACCAGUCUCAUGCUUUGUGUUUCCUUGACAUUUGUUUCGGAUAUAAAUGCUCUUCUAUCUUGA